ACAUGGGAGUUGCACGGGGCUGGAUAGGAGAAAGUUUGAUAAGUUGCAAGAUGCAGUCUGGAGUAUUAGAUUCUGUAGGAAAUAAACUUGCGUCAGAUAAAAGUACUUUAUUAGCUGUUUUACAGUUACUAAGGAAGUACAAUUUGAAGAACACAGAGGAGUUGCUGAAGAGGGAGGCAAACCUCACUGAUGUAGGAAGCACUGAAGAGAUUCCACAGACUGAUUCAGAAGUGAGUAGUGUUUUGUCCGCGUAUAAGAGCGAGGGGGACCCAGAAGUGUAUGAAGGUGCUUAUACAGAGCUCAAGAGAUUUGUUGAGGGAGCACUGGAUAUAUACAAGCAUGAGCUGGGCAUGAUCCUUUACCCAGUGUUUGUGCACAUGUAUCUGGAACUGGUUUAUAAUGGCCAUGAAGGGCAGGCCAUUCAGCUCAUGGAGCGGUUUGGCCGUGACCAGGAAGAGUACUACCAGGCUGAUCUCAAGCGACUGUCACAUGUCACCAAGAAGGACCACAUGAAGGGCAAUGAACUCACUGAUACAUUCAAGUCAAGUGAGUUUAUCAUCCGCAUGUCAAGGGACACACUGUCCAUCCUAAAGAGACACCUGCAGGAGAAGAAGCACAGUGUGGUCCUUAACAUCAUCCAGGAGCACUUAUACUUUGAUAUGUAUGAGGGUGUUGCUCGCAACAAGCAGCAAAUAGAAGCCACUGCGGGUGCUCUGGUGGGGGAGGCUACUCGACAAGAUAAUAAGGCCAAGGUGUACUAUGGGCUGCCGAAAGAGCCUGACAUCCAGUACCUUCCCGUAGAGGAGGAGGAUGAUGCUGAAGGUGAUGGAACAGAUAAGCCUAAGAAAAAGAAACCCAAGAAGGAUCCACUGUUCUCCAAGAAGACCAAGUCUGAUCCCAAUGCUCCUCCGGUUGACAGGAUACCACUGCCAGACUUAAAAGAUGCGGAUAAGUUGGAGAAGGUGAAGGCCUUGCGAGAAGCAUCCAAAAGAGUUACUCUUGGCCCUGAGACACUUCCAUCAAUCUGCUUCUACACCCUGCUCAACUCAGCUGGCGUAGUGACGAGUGCAGAGGUCUCAGAAGACUCCAGUCUGUUGGCGGUGGGGUUUGCAGACUCCUUUGUAAAGAUCUGGACGCUAGUGCCCCAAAAACUGAGAGCAAUGAAGUCUGCAGAGCAGCUGCAGGAUAUCGAUCGAGAGGCUGAUGAUGUGUUGGUUCGCAUGAUGGACGAUCGCUCAGCUGAGACAAGCAGAAUUCUUCAUGGACAUAAUGGGCCAGUGUACCGUGUGGCUUUCAGUCCAGACAGAACACUGUUAUUAUCCUGUUCAGAGGAUACAACAGUGCGGCUGUGGAGCCUUCAGACAUGGACAUGCCUUGUAUGCUACAAGGGCCAUAUCUUCCCUGUGUGGGAUGUGCGGUUUGCACCUCAUGGCUACUACUUUGCCACUGCUGGUCAUGACAAGACAGCCCGCCUAUGGGCCACUGAUCAGCAUCAGCCCCUACGAAUACUUGCAGGCCAUUUCUCUGACGUUGAUUGCAUCCAGUUCCAUCCCAACUCCAACUAUGUAGCAACUGGCUCUAGUGAUCGAACAGUGAGGCUCUGGGAUUGUGUUACAGGAAACCAUGUACGACUUAUGACAGGACACAAGGCUCCAGUAUACUCCCUGUGCUUCUCAGUGGAGGGGAGGUUUCUGGCAUCAGCAGGUGCAGACUCAAGAGUCCUACUGUGGGACCUGGCUCAUGGCCACCUUCUGGCAGAACUGACAGGCCACAAGGGUCCCAUUCACACCCUUGCCUUUAGUCGAGAUGGACACAUCCUCACAUCAGGCUCACAGGACUGUUCAGUCAAGCUCUGGGACUUCUCACGGCUUGCAGAGGAGAUGGUGCUCGAGGAUGUUAAUGUCUCACACAAUCCAGACAUCAAAAAUAGUGACAGUUAUUUGCUGCGAUCAUAUGGCACAAAGAACUCUGCUGUUCUCCAUUUGCAUUUUACAAGGCGCAAUGUACUGCUGACUGUUGGAAUAUAUGAAGGUUCUUAAUGCUAAUAUACAGAAUGAUUAACUCCAUGGCACAUGCUCUUCCUUGAAACUUUGGUACGUAGCUGGUUCAGAAGUCCAAUAUCUUUUAUGGAAGCAGAAAAUUCAUCACCAUAUUCACAAAAGUCAACAAUUGUGUUCUGUUCUAAGUCAGUUCAGUCUAGUCCAUACCUUCUUUGUUUCUCUAAUAUUAAUCUUAAUAUUAUCCUCCCAUCUAUAUCUAGGUGGAUCGAGUAGUCUCUUCCCCAGAGAUCUCUUGACCAAAAUUUUGAAACCCUCACCAUGGUGCCCAGUUACUACUCCGCCUGCCUGCCCUUUGCAAUUUAAAAAAAAAGUAUUUGGGAUGGAAAGGCGUAUGUUUUGAAUGCUUGGAAUGUCAGUGAUGAAUGCAGGAGGCAAGGGAAUGCAAAGAGCUAAUUAACGUUUAUUAUAUAGGAAUAGGGAAUUUAAACCUCAGAGGCUUGGGGCCAGAUCUUAACUCGUAGGUUUUAACUAUUAGUAGUAUUGUCAUGCAGUAUGUGUGACUCUCAGCUGGGUUUUGGGUUGAUGACUUGAUUUAUUGAUCACUUACAGGUUUGAACUAUAAAUAACUAUAAUACUAUCACUAUUUCCACAGUUUAUAAUUCACUAGAGCACACAGUCUUGUGUUCUUAGCCUGUUAUUAGAUGUUUCCUGGUAACGGCUCCAACAAUAGCUAUUCCUAUACCGCUAGCUCAAGUCUUCUCUUCACAGACUCCCGUACAGAACUGACUAUCAGCUGACUUUGUCCCUUGCUUAUAACAUCUUGGCAUGGACCAUGUAAAAAACACAGCUCUUACACUGUUGUAGUCAAACUGUUGCUUUAUUAAGAAUCUACUGCCUAGCAAUGGGAAGGUUUUCAUCGAGCCGUUUCCCAGAACCAGCCCUUGUAUGUCCUAACAUCUUACAGUCACCGCAUAGCAACCACUGUACACGCUACAGUAUUAUGUUCUGAACUGAUAUGUUGCAUUGCCAGAAAAGAUUUUAUCAAUUUUUGUCACCAUGAUAGCUUCAAGAUUGAUAUGAUAUUAGUAUUGAAAACAAGUAUUCUAGUAACAAGUUUUUGAAAAUGUAUAACAUUACCAGAGUGUGUACUGUAAUUUUUAACUGAUAUAAAAAUCAUUCUUUCCAAAGAA